CCAAUCACACGCUUAUAUCUCCCCUCCAUCUCCUCCAAACACCUCUCCAAAAAUCUUCCAACACUCUCAAUCAACCCCAUUUCCAUUGCCAUGGCCGGAGAACCCAAGUCUUACGCCGCCGUCGUCGCCGCGGACGAUGUCGACGCUAAGUACGGAUUCGAGCGCACCGAGAUGUACCAGACAAACCUCGCCGGCACCGUUGACUACUUCGAGCGCCACGUCUUCCUCUGCUACAAGUCGCACGACUCGUGGCCCUCCAAAGUCGAGGAUUCCGACUCCGAUCCGCUACCUAAGAAGUUCGCUUCCGCUCUCAAAGCUCGUAGGAGCGAUAACAAAAUCAAGACUCGUUUGACCAUAUGCGAGGCAGCCCAUGAUAUGAACUUGUCGGAUGGAGAUGUUCUCAUUUUCCCUCAGAUGACUGUAUACAGGGGUUUGACAGAGUCAGAUGUUGAUAGCUUUGUUGAGGACGUACUAGUGAGUGGAAAACCUUGGCUUUCUGGAGUACAGGAGGAGUUGAAUGGUUCAUAUGUGUUUGUUUGUGCUCAUAACCAACGAGACAGGAGAUGUGGUGUCUGUGGCCCACCUUUAAUUGAAAAGUUCAAAGAGGAGAUUGCAUCCAAGAAUUUGAGCGAUCCUGUCUUUGUGACUGCUUGCUCACAUAUAGGAGGACACAAGUAUGCAGGAAAUGUGAUAAUCUUUAGUGCUGAUUCUGAUGGAAAGGUUGCUGGCAACUGGUAUGGGUAUGUCACACCGAGUGACGUUCUUGAAUUAAUUGAUACACAAAUUGGGAAGGGAGAAGUCAUUGAGCGGAUCUGGAGGGGGCAGAUGGGUGUAGCUGUCAAAGAAGCUGAAAAGGUCGAGGAACCAAAGGUUGCUAAUGGAACAGGCACAAACAACCAUGAGCAACAGCCUCAAGAGGUUGCUGCUGGAGAAACAACAAAAAACGUGGGAGGCUGUUGCCAAGGUGCUAAUGGUUUCUCAUGCUGCAUGAAUGAGGUUGUGGAGAAGACAGACAAGGAACCACAAGGACUCUCUGCCUGGACCGGGAAAUGGGAGCAGCGUCAAGUCCUCACAACUGUCGCUGUGGUGGGUGCGGUGGCUACUAUCGCUGUGGCAUAUGGUGUGUACCGUAGGGCAAGAUGAAGGGAGUAUUUUACCAUAUUUUCAAAUAGGAAGUUGCGUGCCCAUGAUUUUAUACAGAUGCUGAAGGUUAUAUGAAUAAAUAUCAGAAUACCUGUGAUUGCAUUAGUCUCGGAAUGUAGUUAUCUGAGAUCUCGUAGACGCUGGUUGAUACACCAAUACUGAAUGCUGAUUCGUCAUCCCCAAUUGCCUAGCCGUAUAACAUUUGUGCUGUGGUUGGCUAAAUGACUGAACCAUAUAGUAUGUCCUGUUUUUUGCUGAGUGGCAUUACCGGUUAUAUACAAUGGCUAUGUUUUUUGUU